AUGUCUGAAGGAUUAAAAAGUGAUCGAGAAGGUGAGUUGGUAGACGUUAAUGCUGUUGUCGAUGAGACUCAAACGACGAAUGAUGUGGUUGAUAAUGAUAGUCAAAACGAUGAGGGCGCUGCAAGUGUGAGUGGCGAUGUCGAGGUUAAGGAGCCACAGAGUCCCUCUGUGUCUUCACCUUCUUUUAUUCAGAUGUUUUCGCCUUUCUCGUAUGGGAAAUCGGCUGAUAGUUUAGGAAACAUUAAGGAAGAGAAUGUCGAUGGGAAGUAUGGGAACCUGGACGGUGGCUCUGGAAGCAAACCUACUUCUCCAGUGAUUAUUUCUCAUAGGAGACAACCUUCUGGGAAUGUCCGUAAGAACUCCAAGAGAACGAACAGUAUCGAUAGUGCGAUGCAGGCCGCUGAUUCUACGAGUGUCACGGUCUCUCGUAAGACAUCAAAUGUGUCAGUCAAGGAUAUUGCUACUGCAGUAGAGACACCUUUAUCAAUUAAUACCGAUGUUGCUGAGAGCAAGAAGGUAGAUGACAACGAUCAAGAGUCUUUGGAGCCUUUAAAAUCGUCCACCAGUAAGCAACAUACUUACUCCGAUGAUAAAUAUAAAGAUACGGAUUUUAAGUAUGCAUCUGAGUCAAGGAACAUCGAGUUUCACGAAGUGUUUAAGACAACUCCACUGAAAGAUAGACUAUUGGACGAAUAUCAUUGUACUUUGAGUAGGGAAUUCUUGUAUCAAGGUAAACUAUACAUCUCAGAGAAUUAUUUGUGUUUCAAUUCUAGUAUUCUAGGAUGGGUUUCCAAACUAGUUAUUCCGUUUAAGGAUAUAAUAUUUGUUGAGAAGACAUCAGCUGCAGGUCUGUUUCCAAAUGCUAUCUCUAUCGAGACUACAAUGGGGAAGACACAAUUUAAUGGGUUUUCUUCCCGUGACGAAACUUUUGCAUUGUUAAAGGAAGUUUGGGCUCGAGUGUUAAUAGAAGAUGGCGAAAUAAAUUCAAAUUCUAGUAGAGAAUUAAGAUUGAAAAAUGACUCCAAAGAAAGUUUCUCAGAAAGUAAUGCAUUAAUAAUCGAUAGAGCUAUUAAUUCCAUUGAUGAAAAGACACCUGAUAGUGACAUCUCGAGGUUACAAGAGAGUGAUGUUACAAUUAAUAUCAAUAAGUUUAAAAAAAAUUCCGGCUACACAUACAAAGGACCAUAUGUUGGUGAGACAAAGACUAAAUCAUUCGAAACCGAAGGCAACGAACAUGCAUUGGUUGAUAUCCCUAUAGAUGUUGCUCCGGGACUUGCAUUUAAAGCAUUAUUUGACGACAAUAUCACUAACUUUUGGACAGAUUUUGCUGCCUACAGUGGUGAUUCGUUUGAGUAUUCUGAGAUUCCUCGUUUUGAUAAAACUGACAAAGAAGGUCAUCAAUAUAGGGAAUAUGAAUAUAUGAAAAAACUUAAUUACUCGGUAGGCCCAAGUUCAACGAAGUGUUAUGCCAAGACAACGAUUAUCCAUUUAGAUUAUGAAGAUUACAUCGAAGUUGUAAAUUGUGUGUCGACACCUGACGUCCCUAGUGGUGGGAGCUUCAAUACCAUGACACGUUUUAUCUUUGUCUGGGAUGGACAAGCAUCCACCACGAGUAGAUUUAAAGUCUCGUUCUGGGUUGAUUGGAUUGGAAGCAGCUGGAUAAAGAGCCUUGUGGAGAGCAGUUGUCAAAGUGGAUUGAGCGCAAAUUUCGAGAAGAUGAAGGGAUUCAUUGUGGACUAUAUCCACAACAUUGUGUCGCCACAACUCAUGUCAUUGGAAAUGGCUUGUGGGGGAACUGAAUCUGAUGCUGCGUCUUCAGUGGUCAAUUCUGAAAGUAAAACGGUAUUCGAUAUGGAAUACAUGGGCAAUAUCGAGUUGCAGGUCAACCAACUCCGGGACACUUGCAGCCGCAUGCAAAAGGAUAUUAGAAUGUUAACUAGACUGAUAUUUGCGUUGCUGGUUUUCAUUGUUGCAGAGGUACUUUUGCGUAAGUGA